AUGGCAUUGUGGGAGGUUGUUGGCGGCGCUGGUCAUGGAGGCGUCCUGGUCCGGUCGGGCCCGGCUCUUUCGGACGAGCUUUGUGAAGCGCGGCUGGCCACUGGCGCUGUGGUCAAGAAGGUUGAGGAGAGGGAUGGGCGCCUGUGCUACGAGCUUGUUCGUGGUGAUGGUCCCACCACCGGCUGGGUUUCUAUGAAGCUUCGUGGGAGAGACCUUUUGGUGAAGGCUCACGAGCAGGAACCCAACCGUGCUCCUGGCCGUGGCAGGUUCUCAGAGUGGGCAUCGCAGAAGACGGAGGUCGCCGUGGUUGAGGAGGUUUCCACUGGCAGCGAAGUUGAGAUGGCAGCUGCGGGCGCAAGUGAUUCCGGAGAGAGCACCCCUGUUGUGGCUGGGGCAGACAAGGAGCCCACGGAGGAUGAGCGCGAGGCUUUCCGCCAGUACACAGAGAAGUUUGGGGAAUGCCGGGAUGGCUCCAACCCAGGCUACAGCCGGAAGUCGUUCCCAUGGUUCACCGGGAAGCCACCUCAGGGUGAGAAGCUCUCCAAAGAGUCCCUCCAGGCUGCCCUGAGCUACCGGCCGAUCAAGAAACGGCUGGCGAAGGCCAACCUCACUGAGGUGGAUUCCGAUCGAGAAGAAAUUCCACUCUGCACUCGUUGCUCUAUGCCCGUGGGUGAGUUUGCCUACCAGGGUCGCGAGGGCAAGGACACUUGCGUCCACACCGAGUGCAUGGCGCAGGUGCUCCUGAAAGAGGCCCAGCGCGAGGAUGAGCAUCGCACGACUCGGGAGAACAACAAGAAGCUCAAGAACCGCAGGGAAUACAACAUCGGCUGGCGCAUGGACAGUGUUCCCUCGAAUGCCAGCCUGGCUGAGCGCAUGGGCUGCCGUCCAGCUCCGCAAGGGCUGUGCUGCCUGGUUUUGGAUGAGGCUUCGAAGACCGUCCGGGUGGCCGCGACGCUCGAGCCGUCGGCCUCGGUGAACCUGGAGUAUCUCCUGCUGGCCCUCAAGGUGAGGAAGUCCGCCUCGCGCGAGCCCCUCUUCUCUCUGGAUCCCAUCGACCCGAAAAACCUCGAGAACUCGCCCCAGAAGAAAGUCUUCGAGCCUUCCUGGUUGGCUGGCACCAGCGCCGGCGAUGUCAUGUUCCAGGCCGACUACUUCUUGAAGGAGCUGGCCCUCGGAGAGUACAACAUGCCCGUGCUCGGAAUGCUGAGCGUCUUCGACUGGUCUGAGAUGGGCGACAAGGAUAAGACUUGGUCUGGCCGCGAGUGGUUCGUGGUGAAGAAGGCCGAGGUCCGCAUGGCCGAGGAUCGAACUCUCAUCCCGCAUGUUCGCAUGGGCGUGGAGGCGCGCGAGCAGAUUGUGACCGCCAAGGGCCUGGAGGAUGCUCCCGUAACGGUGCCCACACAUCCCUUGAAGAAGUUUGCGGAGGCCUUCACCCGCCACUUCGAUCUGAUCGCAGAGCGCAAGAGCGUCAUCUUCCACCUCCGUGAGUUGGCAAAGGCAUCCGUCAUGGCCAAGUACUUGGUGGACUCGAAGGCGCGUAUCGACCCGUCCUGGUAUCGUCUGGCGGACGAGAUCGUCAAGCGUGCCCCGCCAGAGCCCUACAUGGAGAUCCCACAGCUUUGGAACAUGCGCGGGAACUCCCGCAUCAAGCUCCAGAAUGGACGCCUCAUCGACAUGGUUACAGGCGGCCAAAGCAAGCUCCAGGCAAUCUACGGCGGCGUGGAGUUCGGAUUGGACCGUUUCGAGCUGGCCCAGCGACAUGCAUUGCAAGGCCAGCCGACUGGAAUGCAGCUGGGCCAGUCGGGACGGCCGAUGUUCAUGCCACAGCGCUUCCAGCUCGGCCAGCGCGAAAUGCCACAAGGUGUGGAUCUCAAUCUGGACAAGUUCUCCCUCUCCACCGAGGAGCGCUUCCGAGGCAAGCUCCCCCCUUGCAGUGGCGAUGCCACGUCGCUGGAGGGUCGUACCACGCUGGGCAAGGCUUUCCUGAGCAGCCUGCGGCAGAAGUCAUGGACCGGCAUGAAGAUAGACGACCAGAAGCUGCUUCUGAACAUCUUUGACGUUCCCCAGUGCGACCGCGUGGAGGAGGGCGAUGCCUUCACCCCCCCGGACCCCAACCUGGAGUACAUCGUGAAGGUUCGAAGCCUGGUGGGUGAGGAGGGCGGCAUCCGGGAUCGGCGGAGGGUUCGCUUCGCGGAUAAGAACUUCGUGAUGGCCAAUCCCGGAAGCGACUUCCCCAGGUCUUGGACUUCUCGAUUUCAGGUGGAGCAUGAAGGGCGCAUCUCCUACACCGCCCCCACGAAGUUCGGCCUGGUGAAGUUGGAGGUCGAGGAGACUUUCAAGCGCAGCUUGCUCGAGGAGGUGAUUCCCCAAGCAGUUCCGGAGUUCGACCAGGUCACAGAAGACGGGGUCGCUUUCCGAAUCUACAAGCUUGGCAGCCUGGAGGUCCGCACGAUCCAAGAGGUCGGGGAAGCUGAGAUGGUUCAUGUGGUCUUCUCCUCUCGUGCAGCGUCCUGGGAGACCAAGGGAUCCAAGGCGCAGGACGUGCUGGGCAAGGAGAAGCUUAGCCGGUGCCGGGUCUAUGUCGAGGCCAUGGAGCACGAGGCUUGCAACAACUACUACAUCGUGCUGGAGACCAUCGAGAAGACGGUCAUCGUUACGGAGCGCAUGUCGGAUGGAUCUUUGUGCUGGUUGCAGAACCCUCACAACCUUGAGGACCGCAAUUCCUUGGCCAAGUUGCUCUUCACUGCAGACUGCAAGGAGGGAAUGCGCAUGAGCGAGGUCAGGCGGCACUUUGAAGCGCAGCCGCGUGACACAGACGGUGAUCAUCGCAAGCGCUACGCCAAGGCGCUCUACGUUUUCACCACCGGUCGGAGCUUGAAGGGCAAAUGGGGAGGCAGCGCACGCCGCUACACGGCGCCACCGAUGCGUGGCCUUGGAGUGCAGGCGCUCGGCCGCAGCUCAGAGUUCAUGAACGUGAUGUGGCUAGCAAGGAGCUCUGGGCUCCGCGGUCUCUGA